AUGGAACGGUACACAUCAUACAUAGGAUGUGAGACUUCUAAAGUGCCUUUAUCUGAUACUGCUCGGAAGAUUAUGACAGCUUUGCAGUCUAUUCCUGUAGAAGUUCAGACUAGCAGAAAAAAUAACCAGAGUAUAGAGAAGACAAGGGAAAAUAAACUAGAUGAUAAGGAUGCACAUCUGAAAAAUGAAAAGGAGAUUCGUGAUUCCACAAUUGCCUUGUUGAAAACAUUUGCCAGCCCUGAAAAAAGUACUGCUGGUCAGAUAGUCAGGACAGUACAUACCGAUGAAAUGCUUUGCUGUCAAGGUACCAAAAUAGCGAGCUAUUACCAGGAUUUAGGCUUGCCAACAUGGGGAUAUAGAGAAAGAAAUCUUUCAGUAGAAGCAAAAAACCUGAAGGAUGGUGAAAAGAAUGUAGCUACUCCCCUUAAAAGAAAGCAAGAUGUGCCUACAUGUUGUUCAGAGAAAACAAGGAGAUUACCUGUAAAGACCUACACUUUUUCACAUGAAGGGAGGUACAACUGUACUUCUGGACAAAGAGAGUCUUCUGAAAAUUAUCCUUGUGAUAUCAGGAGUUUGGGGUGUGAAGAAAAAAGAGAAUUGCUUGCAACUAUAGAACAGGCAGUGGCUUUUGUAACUACUAUGAUAUUUCAGGAUGGUUCUUCACAGCUCAACUCAGAGCAGGUCUUAACCUCAUCAGUAAAAGGAGUUGUUGUGUUAGUGAAGAAUCAGACUGAUCACCCUUGCCCUCCCAGUUACUCUUCAACUGACUAUACUUGGAAUGCUCUUAAUGAAAAUGAUAAAUUAAUUUAUUUAAAAACUGAAUGGUCAUCUCUUUGGGAACAAGAACAACAGGCUGACAAGAAAUUUGCUUGGCAAGUGUUGUUUCAAAUGCUACAUUGCAAAGUUCCGAUUAUUUGCUUCAACGCAAAAGAUUUCCUGAGGACUCUACUUCAAGUUUAUGGUAAUGAAAUUAGCUGGAAACAAGUUGCUGAUAGUGUCGUGUUAGAUCCAAGGAUUGCAGCAUGGCUGAUAAACCCCAGCGACACAGUUCCCUCUUUUGAAUGUUUAAUACAGAAGUAUUUUGAAAAGCCUUUUUCUAUGGAAACAGUAAAUACAGACACAGGCACUCUGAGAAAUGCGCCAUAUCAAAACUUAGGUGUGAACUUGGAGAAGCUUUAUAAUGUAAUGAUGGAUCUUGCUCAUGACUUACAGGUUCAAGGUUUGUGGAAAUUAUUUUGCACAUUAGAGCUUCCACUUAUCAAAAUUCUGGCAGUGAUGGAAACACACAAAAUACAUGUGAACAAACAAGAACUGAAAAAAACAUCAGAGAUUCUGGGGUUGAGACUCAAAGAGCUUGAACAGGAAGCUCACCAAGUUGCUGGAGAACAAUUCCUUUUGACCAGCAGUAGUCAACUCAGAGAGGUACUAUUUGAAAAGUUAAAACUGCAUUCACUGUGUGAGAAGGUUCACAGAACUGAAAUACAACGACUUGUGUCCACCUCAGAAGUUGUGCUAAACAAGUUGAAAGAUCUUCAUCCUUUGCCUAAGAUAAUUUUAGAAUACCGUCAGGUUCAUAAGAUGAAAUCAACUUAUGUGGAUGGACUACGAACGUGCAUGAGAAAGGGAUUUAUUUCCUCUACAUGGAAUCAGACAGGAACUGUGACUGGCAGACUUUCAGCCAAGCAUCCAGUAAGAAAACAAAAUGAAAUAACUCAAAGGAGUUGUCAUCUACCUAUCUAUUAUCAUUUCUGUCAUUGUUUCUGAAUGGCUCUGUAUGCAGAAAACAUUCAAGGUAUCUCUAAACAUCCAGUUAGAAUUACAAAGAAAUGGUACAUAAAAGGAAAAGAAGAGGAAAUAGUAACUAUUUCCCCAAGAUCAUUGUUUGUUUCAAGAAAAGAACAUACAUUUUUAGCAGCAGAUUUUUCCCAUAUUGAGUUAAGGAUCCUUGCUGACUUAUCAUCUGAACCAGAACUUUUGAAACUGUUCCAAGAACCUGAAACCACCGAUAUCUUUUCCACACUGGCUUCUCAGUGGAAGGGGAUUCCAGGUGAGCAAGUGAAACAUGCUGAUAGAGAGCAAGCGAAGCGUAUAGUUUACUCAGUGGUUUAUGGAGCAGGUAAAGAACGUCUUGCUGAUUGCCUGGGAAUUACUCCUCUUCAAGCCAGUCAAUUUAUAGAGAGUUUUAUGCAAAAAUACAAGAAAAUACAUGAAUUUACAAAGAAAACCAUUGAACAAUGCCGAAAUAAAGGUUAUGUGGUUUCCAUAAUGGGACGUAAAAGACCACUGGCUAAUAUCAAUGCACAGGAUUACAAACUACGCACUCAAGCAGAGAGGCAGGCUGUCAAUUUUGUUGUUCAAGGAUCUGCAGCAGAUCUUUGUAAAAUGGCUAUGGUGGAGAUUUUUACCUCUGUUGUCAUUUCUCCGACUUUAACAGCCAGGUUAAUUGCCCAGAUUCAUGACGAGUUGUUGUUUGAAGUAGAAGAUUCUCAAAUCCAGGAAUUUGCAGCACUGGUAAAAAGAACAAUGGAGUCCCUGCAGCAAACUACAGCCUUGGAAGUGCCACUAAAGGUUCCCUUGAAAGUGAUUCUUACCACUGGGAAAUCAUGGGGGUGUAUGACAGAAUUGCAGGAGAUGUAA